AUGCACACAGCGUCUACGAACAUUUCAUCACCGGCCACUUCUCCUUCACCAACACCCACACUUACGCAUGCGUCCACGGCUGCAUCCACAACGCCCCCAGCAGCUGCAUCCACAACGCUCCCAGCAGCUGCAUCCACAACGCCCCCCACGGAAGCAUCUGGAGUAUCAGAAACGGUCGUGAACAGCACUAAAGAGCUAAAAUACGGUACUCCAGUUGAAAUCUCUGUCAAUGUACAUCCUGGCUCAUCCUAUAGUUUCAAUAUAACCAACGAGGAAGAUCACAAACCAACCGGCGAAAUUCAAGUUAAAGUGACAAUGUGCAAUGCUAGUAAGGAAGCUGCAAAACCCGUGGAACCCUCGGGAAAUGGUUUAUAUGAAAUUCCGGCAACCAAGUUACAUGAUUUGAUCAUUUAUUUCAAUUGUUCACAUAAAAGUCGAGUGAAACGUAGUACUGGAAACCGGGAAUACAAAAUGAAUUUAUUCAUCACCGGUACAAGUAAAACGGACUCGACUAAAAAUAUCAGCGUAGUUGGUAUAAGUAGAGAUAUGGAUGUCCGUGGGACUACUCCGACACAUACAACUGCGACACAAUCCGGGAGUACAUCGUCAUUUACAACGCAUGCAACAACAGCACAUACGACGCCAGCAACUUCACUCAGUACCGGUUGGAUUAUUGGAAUCGUGUUCAUAGCAUUAUUUGGAGUGACGUUGAUUGUUGCAAUCUCUGUAUUUGCCUAUUUCUAUCUGAAAAAGAGAAGAGGAUCAAUCAAUGAUGACCGCGAAGGUCUUUUUAAAAGACAACAAUUUGUCGACGAAGUGCCUCCUAGAAUCUUGCCACUUCCAAAAACAUUCGGUCAUUACCAAACACCACAAACGUCUUCCAUGAUCCCUGCAAUUAACAAUUACUCUAGCUCACGACCCUCCUAUUAUCCUCAAACAUCCUCCACCAAUCCUCCAACCAACAAUCAAUUUGGUUCACAACUGUCCAAUUAUCCUCAACCAUCCUCAAAUUAUCCAAAACUCAUACGUCCCAAUAUUCAGUCACUACAACCCAAUAUCGCAUCGUCCAUAAAUCCAGCAACACCGAACAACAACCUUUAUGGACCAAGAGGACUCAGCAGGAAUUAUUGA